UUUUAAUAUCGCUGCUCUCCCCAGCCAUAUAUUUACCUACUCACAAAUUCUCUCUACUUUAACCAUCUAAAAACCAGACCUCGCUAUGUCUCCCGCGACAGCAUCGGAUGCCCCCGAAAAGACUCCUGACGACUCUUCCAAGUUAAAGACCUUCCUCUCUAUUUUGAAGAAGUUUGUUGGGGUCGCUGAUAUCGCAUCUGUUCGCUUUUCGUUACCUGCCCAUCUUCUAGAGCCGACGCCCAAUUUAGAAUAUUGGAACUACUUGGACAGACCAGAGACCUUUGCAAGCAUUGGUCAAUCAGACGAUCCGCUGGGUCGGACGCUUGAGAUAUUAAGGUUUUGGUUCACAAAGGACUUGAAAUACAUCAAGGGCAAGCCGUGCAAGCCGUAUAAUUCUACCCUGGGUGAAUUUUUCAGAGCUACUUGGGAGGUCGAUGCUGCCCUCCCAGAAGUACAGGUACACUCUAAGCCAGGGUUAAAUAAUGGAACCUGCACCGCGAAGGGCAAUGUUCAAGCGGUCAAGGUAUGCUACCUGACUGAACAGACAUCUCACCAUCCACCAGUAUCCGCAUUUUUCAUCGACUGCCCGCAACGAGGGGUUUCAGCACGUGGCUUUGACCAAAUUAGUGCCAAAUUUACGGGCACAAGCAUUCGCGUUGCUCCCGGUCAGCAUAACCUGGGGAUCUUCGUCAGAAUCGCCCCAAGAGAUAAUGAGGAGUAUCAGCUGACCCACCCUGCGGCCCAUCUGGGUGGCUUGUUGAGGGGUGCACUGGCCAUAACCGUAUCAGAUACGUGCUACGUAACUUGCCCCAAAACACGCAUCAAGGUGAUUUUACAAUACCUGGAAGAUGGCUGGAUUGGCCGAGCUCAACACAGGGUCGAAGGAGUGGUCUUUCGAUAUGAUCCCGACAUGGAUACCACGACGAAAAUCAAAGAUGUGCCAGAGAGCGAUAUUCUUGCCAGAAUUAGCGGGUCAUGGCACGGACAAGUCUAUUUCACCUUGGCUGGGACAGAUGAGCCUCAACUUCUAAUCGAUAUCACCCCUCUUUUUCCAGCCUCCAAGAGUGUGCCUCCCGAGGAGAGUCAACUGUCCAACGAGUCUCGCAAAUUUUGGUCCAAUGUCACCGAGGCGAUAGUAGAUAAAAAGUAUAGCCAGGCCACCAAGUGCAAACAAUAUAUUGAAGAGAGGCAGCGGCAAAGGGCUGCUGAGAGACAGGCAAAGAAUGAGAUAUGGCAGCCUCGGUUUUUCACGGAUGCUGUUACUCCCUUGGGCAAACCAGAGUUGACUGAAGAAGGGCGCAAGGCUCUUGAGGGGCUCUAUAAUGGUGACUACAGCUUGGAAGAAAGCGAAACAAAAGGCGCAUAGACUUACUACUCUUCUGGUUGUGACUGUAGAUACAUACAUGAACUUGGCGUAUAAGACAAGAGGCUACGAAUUAGUCCUUGGCCUAACAUUACAAACCACUUUUGGAGCUUUCCCUUUUCCUGAUAAUGUUCAAAGUCCG